CUCUUUCCUUCCUGCUCUCCUUCAUUCUGCUGAGCUAAUGUGAGGAGCCAGUCUGCCUUCUCUAUCCCUUCUCGGAGGAUUCUGCUCUAGAGAUGCCCACUGGGAAUUCUGUGGAGAUCUGAAGCUGGCGCAAUGUCUCAGCUCCUGCACAUGGAGAUCCCCAACUUUGGCAGUGCGGUGCUGGACAGCCUAAAUGAGCAGCGGCUGCUGGGCCAGCACUGUGAUGUGGCCAUUAUGGUUAAUGGACAGGCCUUUAAGGCCCACCGUGCCGUGCUGGCUGCCAGCAGUCUUUACUUCCGUGACCUAUUCAGUGACAGCAGCCAGACUCUGUUCGAACUGCCCUCUUCGGUGGCACCGUCCUGUUUCCAGCAGAUUCUGUCUUUCUGUUACACAGGCAGAAUGACGGUGACAGCCAGUGACCAGCUCAUGGUCAUGUAUACAGCCGGUUACCUGCAGAUCCAGAACAUUGUGGAGCGUGGAAUGGACUUGAUGUUCAAGGCCAAUGCUCCAUUCUGUGACUCGCAGACAUCUGCCACAGACGAUCCUCCCAGCCCAAACAACAACAACGCCUCACUGUUGCUAGGCGACCGGCCUACGGCUGUCUGUAAAAUUAAAGAGGAGAAGCUGGAGACCCCUGUGUGUACUCAGAGCGGUGAGCUCAAGCAAACUGAUGAUGAUGCCAAGGGACUCAGGAGCAGAUCUUUGAGGGGGAGUGCACUUUUCUACACCACUGGUGCAGGAAACGGGACCCUGAGUGUAGUUCACCCAUAUGAGCACUUAUCAAGAGAUCACUCAAGCCCUGGAGCAUCCAGCCUGCCCACCACGGACAGCCCCACUUCCCAUCAGAAUGAGGAAGAGGACUUUGAAGAUGACUCAUAUGACAACAUAACCAGUGGGAAGAUCUAUGGAGUUUCGGCCAGUCUCUAUGGCAGUAAAUUGCAUGAGAAGAUGGAGGUGUCCUCCCUGCCUCCAUCCCUGGAGAGCCGUUUCUGCACGCUGCUUGGAGGUGACAGAGAAGCUCUUCCUGCUGGACUUAUCAGUCAAAUCGGCUACCGUUGCCACCCUGCACUCUACACAGAGGGAGAUCCAGGCGAACGGCUGGAGCUAAUUGCAGGAUCUGGUGUGUUCAUGACACGUGGGCAGCUGAUGAAUUGCCACUUGUGUGCUGGGGUCAAGCACAAAGUCCUUCUCCGGCGCCUGCUUGCUGCUUUUUUUGACAGGAAUACACUGGCAGACAGCUGUGGGACAGGCAUCCGUUCCUCCAAUUGUGAUCCCAAUCGCAAACCUCUGGACAGCCGUAUACUCAACACAGUCAAACUUUACUGUCAGAACUUCGCCCCAAACUUCAAGGAGAGUGAGAUGAAUGUGAUUGCUGCAGAUAUGUGUACCAAUGCACGCCGGGUUCGUAAGCGCUGGUUACCCAAGAUCAAGUCUAUGCUGCCCGAGGCUAUUGAGGUGUACAGGGGCUCUGUGGUGUUAGGCCAGGUUGAUGGAGUUACACAGCCCAGUCCAUCCUUCCUGUUUGAGUCUGACUUCAAACACCUGGCCCAAGCAAACCUGACACUAGAGCAACAUCUCUAUGGCGACUGCAGAGAGACACUGAGAAAUCACUUCCCCGGAGCCGUCAUAGAGGAAAGAGCCAGCACGGAGACGAACAAGGCUGAAGCACUGCGACAACGCUCUGGGGAUAAUCCAGAGGAUGUGGCUCAGAGGCAUCUGGAGAACUCAGAGAGAGAAGGGACAGUCCUCGCCCUCAAUCCAGCCAGUAAGAGAGUUGAUGGGGACAGUAGCAGCCCCAAAAGCCAGCCAGAGGAACAGAGUGAAGAGCGGGCACUGGUAGAAGACCAGUGAGUUCUUCUUUACUACACCAUUCUAACCUCAUCUAUUCUUCAAACAAGGUGUGCUAUCACUAAUUAUAUGGCUUCAUGCCACUGAAAUAACAUGUCAAAAUCUGCACGAUGGACAUUGACAUGCAAUGAAUAUAUCAAAGAACUUCAAUGACAAAUACAGCAUUUUGCAAAAAGCUGUAAUUGCUAAAGCAGUAAUUUAUCAUAAGUAAUACUAUCUCUUACAUACACACAUACACCCAUGCACACACACACUCACACACAGACACAUAUGCAUAUACACACACAUAUAUACGUAAAUACAUGCGAACAUCCGACUGAGUGGAUUGUUAUGCAUGUGAUGCUCAGCAUUUUACUGACUACUCUUCCUCUGAAUGACCCUUACAAUACAAACGGACAACUGGUUCAUGUUCAUGGACCAAUGCAUGGCAAGAAAAAAGCUGAACCUGUUCAUUAACACAACAUACAUUGCUUCAGAAAUCAAGGCUAUACUGCUGGGUUUGGACUAUAACAGGAGGAGAGCAUAGAGAUACUUUAUUAAAAACAGCUGACUGUGGGACUGCUGACUUGAACACAGAGUAGGAAGCAGAACAGAGAACAUCAGUUCUCUGGAGAGAGAAAUGCUGGACUCUCACUUUCUCCUCCCAUGCUCUUUUUUCCUCUUUAUUCGCUUGGGCUCAAGCUGCUAUAUUGUACAUGCUUGCCUGAUUUUUGCAUAUCAGCUGGUCUGGAAAAUUGAAUUACUGGUGGAUUUUGAAGUGAAAUAAAGGAAAGUAUUAU